CAACUCGGUUUCCAACCACAACCACACCCCACUCCAAUCUCAUUCCUCUCUCUCUCUCUUCCUUAAUAAUUUCCAAGAAAAAUAUUCUCCAUUUUAUAUUUCUUUGUUUCCCCAAGUCCAACUUCUUUUUAUAAAAGUCCAAGAAAAAGGAGCGAAAGAGAGGAAAAGAAACCAAGGGGGCGAGGAGGGGAAGAGAUGGCGGGAAACGAGUGGCUCAACGGCUAUCUGGAGGCCAUCUUAGACGCCGGCGCCAAACGGUCCGUUGGCUCUCGGCAACGGAGCCACCCGUCGGCGUUGGAGAAAGAAGAACUCGGCAACGGAAAAGAACCAGGAUACAGUCCUACCAAAUACUUCGUGGAGGAAGUCGUCGACCGAUGUGACGAGACUGACCUCCACAAGACCUGGAUCAAGGUGGUGGCAACAAGGAACAGCCAGGAGCGUAGCAACCGGCUGGAAAACUUGUGCUGGAGAAUUUGGCAUCUGGCUCGCAAAAAGAAGCAGAUCAAGCGGGAUGAUGCACAACGGCUGGCUAAAAGACGAGAGGAGCAAAGACGAGGAAGUAAGGAUGCGGCGGAGGAUAUCUCCGAGUUGUCCGAGGAGGAAGGGAGACAAGGGAUCACAGAGAUCUCCAAAGAUUGUGCUGUAAUGUUGCGUAUUGAUUCAGAUAUAAAGAUGUGGGAGGAGGAUGGUGGGAAGAGCAACCAUCUCUACAUCGUGCUCAUCAGUUUGCAUGGACUAGUACGUGGAGAGAACAUGGAACUAGGAAGAGAUUCGGACACAGGAGGGCAGGUAAAAUAUGUGGUGGAGUUAGCCCGGGCUCUGGCUGCCACCAAGGGAGUCUACCGUGUGGACCUCCUGACUCGCCAAAUUUUGGCCCCACAAGUUGACUGGACCUACGGUGAGCCGGUCGAGAUGCUGACCCGUCCGUCCGAUCGUGAUCCAAGCAUUGAUGGUGAUUCCUGUGGGGCCUACAUAAUUCGACUGCCAUGUGGACCUCGAGAUAGGUACUUGCCCAAGGAGUCUCUGUGGCCGCACCUCCCUGAGUUUGUGGACCGGGCCUUGGCCCACGUUACAAACGUUGCUCGGGCCCUGAGUGACCAGAUUGGUGAGGAUGGCAGUGCCAAGCCUGCAUGGCCUUACGUGAUCCAUGGUCACUAUGCAGAUGCCGGCGAGGCGGCGGCCCGCCUCUCGGGUGCCCUCGGCGUGCCUAUGGUGAUGACAGGCCACUCAUUAGGCCGGAACAAACUUGAGCAACUCCUCAAGCAAGGCAGGCUAAGCAGAGAAAAUAUCAACUCCACAUAUAGAAUCAUGAGAAGGAUCGAGGCCGAGGAGGCGGCGCUCGAUGCAACCGAGCUGGUUGUCACCAGCACUCGCCAGGAGAUCGACGAGCAGUGGGGGAUUUAUGAUGGUUUCGAUAUAAGAUUAGAAAGGAAGCUCAGGGUGAGGAGGAGGAGAGGUGUUAGUUGCCUUGGCCGUUACAUGCCUCGGAUGGUGGUAAUACCACCAGGGAUGGAUUUCAGCCAUGUGAGCACUCAAGAGUCGGAAGGGGAUGGCGAUCUCUCAUCGUUGAUCGGCUCGGAUAGAACUCAGGGCAAGAGAGAUUUACCUCCCAUAUGGUCUGAGAUAAUGAGGUUCUUCACAAACCCUCACAAGCCUAUGAUCCUUGCCCUAUCUCGGCCCGACCCGAAGAAGAAUGUCAUGACACUGCUCAAGGCAUUUGGCGAGCACCGCCCCCUUCGAGAGCUUGCAAACUUGACACUGAUACUGGGCACCAGAGAUGAUAUCGAAGAAAUGUCGGGCGGCGGGGCGGCGGUUUUGACGGCGGUCCUCAAGCUUAUUGACAGGUAUGAUCUCUAUGGUCAGGUGGCAUACCCCAAGCACCACAAGCAGAGUGAUGUUCCUCACGUAUACCGUCUUGCAGCAAAGACUAAGGGAGUCUUCAUCAAUCCGGCCCUGGUUGAACCUUUUGGCCUCACUCUCAUAGAGGCGGCUGCUUAUGUUCCGGUCGUCGCAACCAAGAAUGGGGGACCAGUAGACAUAAUCAAGGCACUGAACAAUGGCCUCCUGGUGGAUCCCCAUGACCACCAUGCCAUGUCCGAUGCACUCCUGAAGCUGGUCUCCAGCAAAUCCCUCUGGCUGGACUGCCGCCGCAGCGGCCUCAGAAACAUCCACCGCUUCUCCUGGCCGGAGCACUGCCGCCACUACCUCUCCCACGUCGCCCACUGCCGAACCCUCCACCCCACCACCCGCCUCGACGUCGCGCCACGCCUCCCCGACGAGCCCCUCACCGACUCCCUCCGCGACGUCGCCGACGACCACGACCUCUCCUUCCGCUUCUCCCUCGACGCCGCCGCCGCCGCCGAUCUCAAACCCAACGGCACCGACGUCGCCGCCAUCCUCGAAGCCCUCCAUCGCCACCGUCCAGACCGCACGCACGCCGCAACCAGCGCUCCCGUCGAUUACUCCCCAGGCAGGAGACGCGAGCUCUUCGUGAUCGCCGCUGAUUGCUACGAUGAAAAGGGACGGCUGGUGAUCGACGAUUUAGAGGGCACCAUCAGAAAGGUCAUGGCGGUUGGUGGUCCUCGAACGGGGUACGUGCUCUCCACGGGGUCUACGAUCAUGGAGACGGUCGAGGCGUUGAGAUGCUGCCACGUGGAUCCAACGGAGUUUGAUGCGUUGAUCUGUAGCAGCGGGAGCCAGGUGUGCCAUCCCUGGAGGGAUCUGAUUGCCGACACGGAUUAUAAUACACACGUGGAGUACAGAUGGCCUGCAGAGCAUGUGAAGUCCGCUGUGCUGCGAUUGGCGAUGAUGGAUGGGGCCGAGGGGGAUGAUCUGACCGUUGACGAGCAGGCUUGCAGUUCGCGCUGCCAUGCUUACUCUCUCAAGGCUGGAGCUAAGGUUUGGAAGAUUGAUGCUAUUCGACAAAGACUUCGGAUGCGUGGCUUCCGAUGCAACCUAGUGUACACACAGACAUGCACACGCUUGAAUGUGAUUCCUCUAUUUGCAUCAAGGUCACACGCAUUAAGGUAUUUAUCAAUAAGAUGGGACAUUGAUCUUUCAAAAGUGGUGGUAUUUGUGGGAGAACAAGGGGAUACAGAUCAUGAAGAGCUCCUUCCUGGUCUCCACAAGACUUUAGUACUCAAAGGCUUGGUUAAACAUGGGAGUGAGAAGCUUCUACGUGAUGUCAACAGUUACAAGAGAGAAGAUGUAGUCCCCUUGGAUAGCCCGAACAUUGUCUCUCUAGCCGAAGGUUACGACGUUUCCGAGAUGCAAACUAGUAUUGAGAAAAUUGGGACGAGAUAUAUUAAUUUUUGAUACACUGAUGCAGAUAUUAUUGUCACAGAUACAUUUGCUUGGCUAACCAAGCAAAUAUUAUAGUAACUGGUAUGUAAGUUGAUGUACAAGUGGUUGUAGACUCUGGUUUACAAGGAGCAAUCUUAUGAACAACUACAAAAGGAUUU